AGAAAGUUGCCCAGUGUUCCUCACCACACACAAUUCCAUCACCACAGUCCAGACCCGUUUGACGGCCUCCUACUUAAUCCCUCCAUCUUGUCUGCGUCCCUUGGUCUUUCUUUUUAGCACUUGUUACCCUGCCCCUUAUGCAAUUUCUUAGGGAAUAGGAACUGUGCUUUUGAAUUCGUCUUCGUGGCCUUAAAACGUCACUUACGUCCCGGGCUAAUUGGAUUUUGCAAUUCACCCGCCUAUCGUCUGCCUUCUAGUUAUCCUCGCUUUUGGGUGUCUUUGCACACAUUCCCCUAAACUCCCACCCUGCACAUAAAACAUACGACCUCGAGAUCAUUCAUAAAGGCCAUUGGAAAUCAUGGCUUCUACUACAUCUACGGCGCAAAAUGGCGUCAAUGGCACAGACUCUGGAGCUCCGGCGCAUCACGAAGCUCACAAUCCUACUGUUGAGGAAGUCCCGGACGAGUCCGAGUUGAAUGGAAAGCCGCAUCCACAAAGCGAGAAGACAACCCUCGAAUCAGUUGAUGAUGCUGCCGUUGCGCCCACAUGGGCCGCUACACCAUCGGCCAAAGCAGCAGGAAAGCGAAAGGCAGAGGAGCCCACAUCGAAAGACAAGCGACCUGUCCUCGAUACCCAAUCCUCAGAGUUGUUCCCUGGGUUGGGAGGCUCUAAGCCUGCAGCAGCCCCCUCUUUUAACAAAUCUUGGGGCAAAGGCCCAGUUCAAGUCAAUGGAAGAUCCAAUGGCACACCCACCACUGGUGCUUCGACUCCAACAUCUGAUGCUCCUACACCACCAUUGAGCAGGGGCGCACCACAAUCUCUGGCAAGCCAAAUUCAGGCUCCACUUCUCGUUCUGCAGAAGCACGAGGUCCUUCCAAGGACGCAAAUGAAGAAGCCCCUGUCAGACAUCCUGAAGGAUAUAAACAAGAAGUUAAGAACAAACUUGACUAUGACUCAAGGAGCUGGUGGUGUUCUAGAGUUCAGGGAGACUAGCAAUGCGAAGGAACCCCUGAAGCAACAGGCAAUCCGAGAUUUAGGACAACAAAUUGGAGUUAAGUCCUCAGUUAAGGUUGCCAUCCCACGCUCUGCGAGAGCUCAUAUCAUUGGAAAGGGUGGAUCCAUGAUCAAGUCUUUACAAGAGUCAACUGGUGCACGCAUACAAAUGCCGAAGAUGGACGACGAGCCGGCUGACGAGGACGAUGAUAUUGAUAUUGUUGUUGAGGGCAACCCAAUGUCCGUAUUACUGGCCAAGAAGGCCAUUGAGAGCAUUGCCAACGAGCGAAGUGCAAAUGUCAACACCAAGCUCCGAACCAUACCUGCCGAAUUUUACCCCUUUAUUUCGCGGUCAGCAAGCGAUCUUGAGGAUUCGCAUAAAGUUCGAAUCGAGAUACCCCCACACAGCCAAUGGUUACCCCAGUCUUCAGACGCCGCAACUGCAGGACAACCCCCCGUGUUCGUCCCAGCAGGCGGCGACAACCACAUCAGUUUGAAUGGCGAUCGUCUCGCAGUUCAUGCGGCUCGCGCAGAGAUUGAAAGAUUAGCUGAGCAACUGCGCACUGAGCUUGCAAUGCGCCAGUUCUCUCUUUCGCGGGGUCAACGUGAUUUCGUUGUUGGCAACCGUGGCAUGACACCACAAGAUUUCCUGGCUCAAACACAAUGUGCCCUCAUCAUGCCUCCUAAUGCAUCUACCGAUGAAGUUACUAUCGUAGGCCCAGCUGCUAGCUUGGCAGCAGGAAUUGAUUUUGCUGAAGAAAGAGCUAGUGCUGUCAGCAACUCUGACUUCUCCUUCUCGCUUCCCCCUGUUGUGGCACGGAACUUUGCUCAGUAUCUCAAGGAACGGCAAGAGAUUGAGAGAAUGGAGAAAGCUCACGAGGCUUACAUUGUCACCUCAGUUGAUGAAGACGGAGAGAUCACAUACGAGAUUCUGUCACAAAGCGGCCUAAACAACAAGAGAGCCAAGGACUCGAUGAAGGAAAUCUUCCGUGCGCACCCCAAGGAGCGAAUGGCUCCUCUUGACGUUGAUCCAUUCUUCCACGCACAUCUCCGACGAACUAUCAGCCCAGAGGUUAGACAGCAACACGGUGUACACAUUGUUAUUCCGGAUGGAUCUCCAGCUGGCGCACCCGUUCUCCUUGUUUUCGAGGGACCAAGCAGUGCUGAGACUGGCUAUGAAAUUCCUCGGACUUUACCAACGGCUCAAGAAAAAUCUGCUUUCAAGCAAGGACUUGCCGACGCUCGUACUCGAAUUCUAGACAUCAUCAGCAAGCAAGCUGAGAUCAUCAGCACCACAAUCGAUGUUCCUAGAGUUCACCAUGACAAGCUAAAGAAGUUCAUCAAAGAAGAGCAAGCCAGCCGUGCCGAGGAUGAGAUUCCGGUCCGAGUCAGUGCUGCCGGAACUCUGGUCACACUUCGCGGUCCUGCUCCAGCUGUUGAGUCUCUUGCUGCUAAGGUCAAUGCCUUCGUGGAAGCUGCAAUUGCGGAUGAGAAGGAGCGCGGCUUUGUCUUGCCAGCCUUCGAUUUCCCUCAAAAGCAUGCCAACCAACUUAUCGGAAAGGGUGGCAGCCACAUCCGUGAACUCCGCGACAAGUUUGAUGUCGAAAUCAACGUCAACGAAGGUCAAGUAGAGCUCAAGGGACCAAAGGCAAAGGCCGAAGCUUGCAAGCACCACAUUCAGACUCUUGCGAGACAGUGGGCCGAUGAGACUACAUACACGCUCAAGGUCGACCCCAAGUUCCAUAGCGAACUGAUUGGAGCUCAAGGUGCUUUGAUCAACAGACUUCAAACCAAGUACAAGGUUCAGAUCCACUUCCCAAGAUCUGCCAAACCUGUCCGAGACGACCAAUCGAGUGCCGAUGCUGCUAGUGUGAAGGGUGGUAGACGUGAUCAAGCACCUGACGAGGUCAUCGUAAAAGGACCUAAGAAGGGUGCUGAUGAAGCCCGGGAAGAGAUCUUGUCCCUUUUGCAAUACUACAAGGACAACUCUCACGAAGAGAAGAUUUCGGUCCAAGCCAGUCAGAUUCCGUCCUUGAUUGGACAGCGAGGUAGUGGAAUGGAUGAGAUCAGACAAGUCAGCGGUGCAAGAAUCGACAUUCCCAAGGCUGCUAAGGAUCAAGAUCCAUCUGCUCGCAUUGAGAUCUCGAUCAAGGGUACUAAGGCUCAAGCUCAGCAAGCCAAGAAGAUGAUCGAUGAGAAGAGAGCCGUGUACGACUCGACCGUGGUAAAGAGCGUUGAGGUUGACAAGAAGCACCACAGAGCACUCAUUGGUGCAGGAGGGUCUGCUCUUCGUGACAUCGUGGGUAAUGCAGGAGGUUCGGAUGACAAGCGAGAGCUUGCCAAGACUGUUCAGUUCCCCAAAGCUGAUGCUGAUGGAAACACCAUCAAAGUCAGUGGCAAGGAAGAUCUCGUGGACAAGAUCAUCGCUGCUAUGCAGCAGAUUGUCAUCGAUCGUGAAAGCCAAACUACGGAAACCAUUGACGUGCCAACAGACAAGCACCGCUCGCUCAUCGGCCGUGGAGGAGAGACGAAGAAGGACCUCGAGGCCAAAUUCAAGGUCGCAAUCGAUAUUCCCAGACAAGGAAGUGAACAGUCUGGUAUCAAGAUCACAGGUCAGCCAAAGGAUGUUGAGGCCGCCAAAGCACAUAUUAUCGAUAUCACCAAGGAACAGGCAGGAGAGACUGUCCAAGUUCCCCGAAAAGUCCAUCAUUCCGUCUCAGACAAUGGCCAAUUCUUCCGCAAGCUCCGCAACGAUCAUCAGGUCACAGUUGAUCACGCUGGUGCUAAACUCCCACCGAGACCAUCUGCUGAAGCACCUGCCUGGGUUCUAGCUAGCGACAUGCCAUUGAUCACCGACGAAGAUGUGACAGAUGCCCAUCAAUUCAAGACCACCAGCCUCUCCGGCUCCAACGACGAUGGCGAGAUCCCAUGGGUAUUCAGAGGUUCUCCCGAAGGCAUUGCAAAGGCCAAGACCCUUCUAGCAGCAGCCAUCGAACAAGCGUCCAAGAACGACACAAUGGGCCACCUCACCCUCCCAGACCCCUCAACAUACCGAUACGUCAUUGGCCAAGGCGGAAGCAAGGUGAACAGCAUCCGUAAGGCAACUGGCUGCAAGAUCACCGUCCCCCGCGACCAAGCCGCCAACCAACCCAUCGAAAUCAUCGGCAGCGCAGAAGGCGUCGAGAAAGCCCGACAACUGAUCCUGAAAGCCGUGCAGGACGGCUCCAACAACAACAAUAACGGAGGCGGAAACCGUGGCGCGAACGGCAGAUAUGGAACCGCGGCCACUACGGCGAACGGGAACGGAAACUGGGAUUAAGGUAGAUAGAGAAUGUGCCUGGCGAUAUAAAGAGAGCAGCUUUUUUGGUCUUCGUUCUUUUUCUGCUUCUUUCUUGCGGAGAGCGGGUUGUGAUUCUGGUUGAUUGAUUGAGGGAUGGAUGGAUGGAUGAAAGGACGAUGGUUCAUAUGCAUUUGCGUGGGGUUGUAUUAAAAGCUUUCUUGCCUAUCUAGUACUCGUGAGUGAUCCUAAAUCAAAAUCAAAAUUCCCUCUUGUCUGUGGUGUAUGUUGGGGUAGAGUAAGUGAGUCUAGAUAGCUGACGGACAUUGGUCUUGGGUAUGAGUGUGUGAAUGCCAGGUUUGUUACGGCACAUACCUAGGCAGACGGCGUGCUGUAACUCUAUCUAGUAGCAUUCGUAGCCCUUCAAUUAUGGAAGCAGAAUAGCAAAGCAAGUUGCGGUUAUGUCAAAUCGGUCAGAAGUUCUCAAUUAACUAGCUAAGAAACCUCUUCUUGCUUUUUCUUUUUACUUG